AUGGAAUCGAACCAGCUAGUCCCCCUGAAUUCCCUGAAGGAUUACUCUGGAGAGGUUCCACGAGAGGAUAUACUUCGCCGCAGCCGACACUCAGGUUUGGUUGCUGGUCUCAACAGGGCUGCCCCGCAGUGCGAUGAUGAAAAAAAGUAUUGUACGGAGGCACAGAAGAAUCCAGAACCGUUUCAGGAACUGCACGUUCCGAGAAAGACCCCACUUACGCAGCAGAUACGUUCCGACGGGAAAUGCACUUCAGGGGUAUUCUCUGGCGUGGAAAGAGCCCCCGUGCGUGCUAGGCCGCUGAACUGCUUCCACUCCACACUGAAAAAUAGGGCACUGAAGCCACCGCAGUGCUGCACAUCUGAAAGCCAUAAUCUAGGGAAAGCUUUCUUUGGAGGGCCCCAGCAGUCUACAAAAGACUGUACUGAUCAUGGGGAUGAGAGCAGCAUGCCAACAUGCCAAAACACUUCAGGGCACGGAAACUCAGGUUUUCAGGAAGUUAACAGGUCAAAACUGACCCACUGUAGCCUCAGGGCAGACCCAAGAACAGCAGAACGAGCACCAGUGGGGGCGCCUUCGGCACAGUACUGCAGUGCCAACUUCAGCCCCAGCAAAGUAGAAAAGUCCCCCGCUAAGCCACAGCGCAACUCGGUCGUGGUAAGGUGCUCAGAUGGGCCAAGCCGAUUUCCGUGUGGCAGCAUGGCUGGAGGACGUGAUUCCUGUUCGCCUCUCCCUGCUGCUUCUGUCGGUCAUUCCCUCGCAGCGGCGCACGGGGUUGGAUCUGUCGGCACCAUCUCUUCAGCAGCAGUGCAGGAUGCUCAAAGGCCAUCAGCGAUAUCCACAGGUGGCACUAGAACAGGUGCAGAAGCGCCAACGCCAGCAUCACCGCUUUCAACAGAAGCAGCUAUAUGCGCAGCUCGAUCGUUUUGGCCAUCUGCGCAGUCUGUUCCAUCUGCAAGACCACCAGGUCCAAAGUCAUCACCAACAGCAAUAGCAGCAGUUUCGGCAGGCAAUGGGCCGUCAAAGAGACCUUUUCUGCGGCCAGUUGGAAUUACUAGGUCGCCAAGGGUAACUCGCAGGCAGGCUUCCGCUGCAGCGCUUGCAGAAGUGGUGCGAAUCGAAGACUCCUCUGACGAGGAGGGGCCUUCUUCCUUGAUAAAUCCGUCCGAAAACCCGAACGGUUCUCCAGAGGGGGAACUGGAAAACUGCAGACGAAUUCCCCAAACUACAAAUGGUGAGAUGGAGAAUAGUGUCAACUAUUCUCCAUCUGGACUGCAGGAAGGGGUUCGCGCUGACGCUUCGCAGGGAACGACUGCUUUCAUUUUAUUGGCAGCUGCCCUGGUUGGAGAGGAUGGGCAUUGCUGUUUGCUUAAUCCUGAAACCCUACGCAGGGCUGCAGUGGAGCAUGCAGUUGUGCAGCAACACCAGCAGCAGCCUUGUAUUGGUAAAAAUGCGUCAGCAACACCAACGAAGGAGAACAACAGAACAGAGCAUGCACUCCAGGGAGACGGCGGCCCCACAAACUGCCUCCUGGUACUGCAAGUACGCCGUGAAGAGGCCGUCGUUUCGCUCGAUCUGUGGAGGCCUCUGCCUGAGCCCUAUUCGCCCUCGGCAAAUGAGCAGAAGAACGAUUGCAGCCACUCGUAUGGCGAGACAGUUGCACUGCCUGUCCAAGACAGACUGGAGAGGCUUCUUAACUUUCCCCAGCAGUCUAUCUCCUUUUUAAAAUGUCUGAAACUCUACGCUGGGGCUUCCUGCCCAAGCUUCCCAAACAUUGGACAGCGGGACAAGCAAGAAGGCUCGUGCAGAUGCGUCUGUAGCAGUAGGAAGAUUCGUCUCUGCCUUAACAAAAGCAGUAGUAAGUCUAGCGCAAGCCACGAUGCGAAAGAAAAAGACAGGAGACAUGCAAGAAAAUGCACAACGGAAGAAAACCCUCAGGAGAAACAUUUCGGCGAGGCUUUUCCCAGAAGCCGCAAGCAGUUUGUCCUCACUGAUGACGCGGACGCGACGAAUGUUCUUGCGCCAGAUACGUUUAGUUCACCCGCUCGGGAUGGUGCUGUUUCUGCGUUUCCCGGUGAAUCACUUACUAACACGAUGCAGCCUGCUCAAUUAGCAGCUGGAGAUGCAUCUGCUACCAGACGCUGUCCGGAUGCCACCAGAACCGCUAGGACUGCUGCCGGAAUGGAAUCCACAGAAUAUAGAGGAUCCAAAACGAGCAGUGAAGUUAGUUACGGAAGCUGUAAUGAUCGGGAAGUCACGGGAAAGGCAAUCAGUAGUGGAACUGCUAGUGAGGAGCACAGACGACAAACCAAGAACAGAACCAGCGACAAGCGAACGAAAUCAGCUAACGAUAGUAAAGAGAACCGGAAGAGCAGAAGGGAUCGUGGAAGCUCUAGAAGAGAAGGGCACUCUAGAAGAUCAAGAUCACCUAGGGGUGAAGCGACUGCCAAGACUAAAUCGCAGCUUCCCCUCUCCAGCCAAAAAGUAUCAGCUGAGGAAAAAAAGAAAGAUGGGCAUUUCGUCACUCCGCGCAAUGCUCUCAUUGUGACGGAUGGGAAGCCUUUUCUAGGAGCGGAGCUCACUACAGGAGACGCCGAGCUGACACGCUUGGAGACGCACAAGCCGACACAAGACGAUGCUGAGGUGGACUCCGGCAAGAUGAAGGGAGACAAAGACAGUCGCAACAGUAGUAGUGCCAACUUGCGCGUCACUAGUGCCACCUGUAAGAGUAAUAGCAAGAAACGGCGGCAGCAUUCGAGCAGCGGGCCUGUCAAAUCCGGCGGCUCUUGUUCCCUUGCCAUCAACGAAUGUAAAGAGUCUCACACAACGGGAAAAAAAGCCCCAAAAGAGCAUCAACCAAGCAAAGAAUUGCCCGGCGCGGGAACUUCGGCUUCCAAAUCAAAGUGUUAUUGCGGCCACGUAUUCGACUGCAGGAAAUGCCACAAGGCAUGCGCCCGUUGCAUCUCCUCUGGAGCCAUCCCUCACGUUCCCGUUCUCUAUUUAGAACUUUGCAGUUCUGGUACACGAAGUCUGUACUGCAAUGAAAUACUGCAGAGGGCAUUGGAGCUCGACAGUGGACAGGCCUCUUGUGUUGCGUCGUCUGUCGAAAAAGAGCAACCUAGCGCAGAAGGUGCGCACGCAGUGACAUGCACUGCCGGCGUCCCUGCUGUGUUGCCCACGGCCCACAGCACCGGCACUAGGUGUUGGAGUCCUCACGCGGACGGUGGAAUAGUUGGGAGUAGCACCAGCAGCAAGAGUGGGGAAACGAGCAGCAUUAGCAGCAGUGCUAGCAGCUCCACCUGCAGAGCCACCACUGCGUAUGCCGUCGAUUGCAACAAAGAGGACAGCCACCAUCGUCGGUCAUCGAGAAAGCUUCACGAGGUAAAGGACUGUGAGGCUGAUAGCUGGCACCAGGCAUCCAGCGGUGUCAAGCACAGCUCCGGAUUAUCCAGAACGAAGCGGGAGUGCAAUAGCAGCUCACGGCGCAGCCACAAGUGCAGCAGCAGCCAGAAGAGACGACGGCGUGGGCACUCACCAACAUCUGAAGCAGUAGUGGAUGAGACAUUCGAAAAGCUUUUGAGUUGCUCAGCGGACCAAUCCGUGCUUGCGUGUAGCAUCUGCCUCGAUUGCUGCACAACCGGCAGCUGCAGUAAUUCCACAACGAAGUCGCUUCUUGGCACUUCCACUGUUGCCAAAGAUACCAACCAAAACAAAGCCAGUGUGAAGCUUAGACCUGCCCGCGCCACCACUUUGGGAGCCGCUAUUCUAGAGACCAGCAAAGGGUCCUUGCUGAAGGCAGAGGGGUACUCCAUCGAAAAACAGACGACUGGAGAUUUGUCAAGAAAGCCAAUCGAGCAGCUUCCACAAAGAAAGGGCCCUUGGUUGCUCAUAUGUGUAGGCCCAUCACUGCAAGCUGCCCCCGCAAAAGAAAGCUCAAGUUCAACCUAUGAGGGCAGAAAAGGCGCCCCUAUUGAGCCACAUUCAGCGCAGAGUGACAUGACAGUGUCAUAUCCUGCAGGAAGCGGGGCCCACGGCAGCAGCACAGAUAUAAAAUUACUUGAAAGCGAAUAUGCUAGUGGCUGCAGGGGUGAUUUGGAGUCGCUGUGUAAGGUUAUCCUUCCCUCAGACGUGGCAGCUCCUCCACUAUAUAAUCUUGGAGGUCUAGAGUCAGCUGGCGAUCCCGUGGACGUCGAAAAUCUUUCCAUGUUCUUUGCGAACUGCAUUACAAAACAAUCCGGUUCUCACGAUCAUGAAGACGACGCGCAUUUCAAAGGGAAUCGUGCCCAGACAGUAACAGAACUUGUCCUUCGCAUCUCAAAGGUGUUGCAUGAGUUCGUCUUGAGGAGUAUUGGGCCGUGGAAAGCUAUGCAUAGGAGCAAAAGCGCUAUCUACAGCCUAUCUUUAGAGGCUCUGGUGUCCUCGUGGAGAGCUAGGGAGUUUCGGAUGACUGGACAUUUUUCGGAGCGGGGAGAGCGGGUAGACAGGAGACAUUUACAUUCUGGGUCUGCUGCAAGCUUGGAAGCCAGUAGAUCUGCGUCUUGCAAGGCAAAUACUACGGUGCAAGUUUUCACAGGACGAGCAGGCAAACGACUAGCAACAGCUGUCACCUCACCAGCCUUUGACUUACUUCUGGAUGACAAGACUUUGCGGCGCCUUAGUGAUAAGGAGUUCCUGGACGAUACCAUAAUUGACUUUUGCCUUGGAUUCAUCGUUAACCAUGUAUGCUUGCACUUUUUCUUCUUCCGAAGCAGACCGUAA